CCCGUCCUCACUCGAUCCCCCCACCUUCAGCUUCCACAACACGGAGCAGAGUCGAGCUAGUGGCAUUCAUGUCAGCGAGCAAGGGUCCCUCCCUCAUGUCGUUUUAGGUGAUAAUCACUCUUAAUUAAUCUCGUAAUCUAAUGGACAACCGAAAAGGUAACCCGGUGCUAAUCACGAUUCACGCCACCACCGAACUCCAUGGCUUGUAUGAUUUGUCCUCUUUCAUAGGAUCGAUGUUCAUAUCCUUCGAUUCGAUCCCCUUUUCCUGAUGCAACAAUUUGCAUCCCAAAUAAUUCUGCAGCUUGCGAGCUGACAGUGACACACACUGAGAUCCGAAUCCGAUGAUGCAUCCAGCCAGUGACUAGGCCACUGUCUCAGUCGUCCUCGCCAGCGACCAGCGUCAAGCCAAGAAACCCAAGCCAUGGGCACUACGGAGCACCAUGGCGCCGCCGAUGUCAUCGCCGAGCCGCUCCUACCCUCGCCCGCCGUGGAGAUGGAGCCUUCAUCUGCGCCACCGCCCCUGCCACGCCGGAACAUGUUCGCCUUCAUCUGCGCCACGCUCGCCUCAAUGACCACCAUCCUCAUGGGCUACAACCUGACGCUGAUGAGCGGCGCGGAGCUGUUCAUGCGGGAGGACGUGGGGCUCACGGACGCCGAGGUCGAGGUGCUGGCGGGGUCCAUGAACGUCUUCAUGCUCGCGUCCACCCUCGCCGCCGGCUGGGUAGCGGACCACCUGGGCCGCCGCCGCACCCUCGUGCUCGCCAACGCCUUCCUCAUGGCCGGCGCGCUGGCCAUGUCGCUCGGCACCAGCUUCGCCGCGCUCAUGGCGGCUCGCUUCGUCACCAGCCUCGGCUCCGGGCUGGCCCGCGUCGUCGCCCCCGUGUACAACGCCGAGAUAUCGCCGGCGUCCACGCGUGGCGCCCUCUCAUCCAUGCUUGACGUAUUCGUCAACGUCGGCAUCCUGCUCAGCUACGUGUCCAACUACGCCUUCUCCGGCCUGCCGGUGCACCUCGGGUGGCGCGCCAUGUACGCGGUCGGCGUGGUCCCGCCCGUGUUCAUCGCCGCCGGGGUGCUCCUCGUCAUGCCGGAGUCGCCGCGGUGGCUCGCGAUGCGCGGCCGCCAAAGCGACGCGCGCGCGGUGCUCCUGCGCACGCUGGACACACCGGCCGAGGCCGACCUCUGGCUCGGGGAGAUCAAGCGAGCCGUCGCGGACGCCGAGCCGCCGCCACCGCCCGCUGGGCGCGGUGCCGGUGCCAGUGUCAGUAUCUGGAAGCAGCUGCUCGUCCGGCCGUCCACAAACGUGCGGCGGAUCCUCACGUGCGUUCUCGGGCUGCACUUCUUCGUGCAGGCGUCGGGCGUCGACGCCAUCCUCCUCUACAGCCCGUUGAUUUUCAGGGCGGUCGGCAUGGCGUCCGACUCCGCCAUCCUCGGCGCCACCGUGGCCAUGGGCGCGGUCAAGUCGUGCUUCAUCCUGGUGGGCAUGCUCUUCACCGACCGCCUCGGCCGGCGCCCGCUACUCCUCGCUAGCACCGCGGGCGUUGCCGUGACCGCGACCGCCCUCGCCGUGACUCUGUACGUAGGCACGAGCACGACGACAUCGACUUCACCGGCGACGACCGCGGCGUGCCUGGCGUCGGUGCUGGCCGUCGUGGCCACGUACUCCGUCGGGUACGGGUCGGUAGUGUCGGCGUACAGCGCGGAGGUCUUGCCGCUGCGGCUCCGCGCGCAGGGCUCCAGCCUGGCCAUGGCAGUGAACAAGCUCAUGGCCGGGGUGGUGAGCAUGACGUUCAUCUCGCUCGCCGACGCGAUCACCAUGCCUGGCUGCUUCUUCCUCUACGCUGCCGUGACGGCGGCUGCGUUUGUGUUCGUGUACACGCGGCUGCCGGAGACCAAGGGCCGGAGCUUGGAGGACAUGGAAGUGCUUUUCCACAAAUAGUUUAGUAUCUUAGAUCUGUCCGUUAGAUCAUCAAUGGUGAUAAUAGUAGUAGUUUGAUAUUGAUAUCCAUAUGCUAUCAUCAUAGCUCAGUUCCUGCUACUCGGCUCGUUGGACCAUCACGGAAAGCUCAAAUUUAUAUUUCUAGCUUUGAGCAACACAAAACUGCUUAGGGUUCACACUAAUGCCAAUGUCAUCAAAGAUUGUUCAAUAGUAAAUAUACUGUAUAUGUAAUGUAAAGAUCGAUAGUUCAAGGUUAAAUCAUGAGAGACAAGAAUUUAUACAUGUU